AUGGAAAGAUUUCAUCCUUGCCACAACCGACAUAAGUGCCGCCUGGAGGGCGCGUGGGAAGAUGGUGCAAUUAUUCAUCGUGCCGAAGCCGAGAUAUACUUGGUGAUGACCCUACGUGGUCAUUAUCGAGGCAAGCUUUGUCACCGGGAGGUUGACCUUGUAGACACUUUUCCUCCUCCUGUAUCUGAAAAACAUAUGCGGGAGCUCGUUGGAUUGCUCCCAGUAGAAGAGGGAAAUGUUGGUUCUAUCGAACCUGCCUCGUCUUCUCAGCUGGUUGUUGAGGCCAUUUUCCCAGUCUGUUUUCCGGCCUCUGCUUUUGCCGAUAUUCCUGUAGUGGAUCAAGCACAAAAAGAUACACUUCCUAUCUGGAAAAAACGAAGUAUGCGUGUGGUGUUGUUAUCGGACGAAGAGAUCAAAUCUGAUGACGUGGGCCUUCGUCCUCGUAAGAUGAGAAACACGGUAUUCGUGCCCAAGCAUCUUGGUGAUAUUAGGGAUGUUCUUGGUGAUGGGUUUCUGUGCUCAGGCAGAAAGAGAUGGUGGUGGUGCCCAGUUCUUCAAAGACAUUGCCUCCUUAGUGUAUUGAUUCGCUCACGAUUGAUCCUGGUGCUUGUUCUGUGCUUGGAGGUGCAUUGGGUGUGUUAG